AUGACAAUUAGGGCUGGAAGGGUGAUUCGGAAUGCGAAUGGCGGCCUCAUUAGCGCCUUUGUGAUCAAUUUGGGGCAUGGUACAAAUAACCAGGCUGAAGGAAUGGGUCUUUUACAUAGCUUACGUAUUGUUGCAAAUUUGGAUUUAGUGCAUGUUGACUUGGAGUUGGAUUCUAUAAUAGUGCUUCAAUGGAUCAAGAAUUUAAGAUGUGGUCUUUGGUACUUUGAAGACUACUGGGAGGAAAUCACUACUAUUCUGGCUGGUUUGAAUUUCAAUAUAUCCCACAUUUAUAGACAAGGUAAUUCACCGGCAGACUUCUUGGCACGCAUAGGAGCAAAUGGCUACAGCUGCAUAUGGAAUAAGUUUUCUGAUCUUCCUUUCCUUCUAAAAGGUUUGCUUAAAAUAGAUAAAUUAGGUCAGCCUUAUUUGAAAAUCAAGAAUUAG